UGGCGCCUGGUCGCCAAAGACGUGCAGCCUCCGGAUCCAGCCAGCAUCCGCGUGCUGCGGGGGCACCAGCUGCCCGUCACCUGCCUGGUCAUUUCUCCGGAUGACAGGUUCAUCUUUUCCGCUUCCAAGGACGGCUCCCUCAUCAAAUGGGAGGUGGAGAGCGGGAAGAGGCUGUGCAUGGUGCCCGGGGGGAAGAAGGGCACCGAGGAGCGGCACAUGGGGCAUGCGUCCCACAUCCUCUGCAUGGCCAUCUCAUCGGACGGCAAGUACCUGGCCACGGGAGACAGGAACAAGCUGAUCAUGAUCUGGGAUGCAGCCACAUGCAAGCGCCUGCACAUCUUCACUGGGCACCGCGACGCCGUCUCAGGCCUGUCGUUCCGGAAGGGCACGCACCAGCUAUACAGUGCGUCCCAUGACCGCUGCGUCAAGGUCUGGAACGUGGCAGAGAACGCAUACGUGGAGACCCUGUUUGGGCACCAGGACGUCAUCACGGGGCUGGACAGCCUGAGCCGGGAGUGCUGUGUGACGGCGGGCGGACGGGACGGCACCGUGCGGCUCUGGAAGAUCCCUGAGGAGUCACAGCUCGUGUUUUAUGGGCACCAGGGCUCCAUUGACUGUAUCCAGCUCAUCAACGAGGAGCACAUGGUCUCGGGUGCCGAUGACGGGUCUGUAGCCCUGUGGGGGCUGACGAAGAAGAAGCCGCUGGCGCUGGCCCGGCAGGCGCACGGCAUGCAGGAUGCCCAGGGCCUGCAGCAGCCAUACUGGAUCUCGGCGGGGGGGGCUCCUCUCUCCGCCCCAGGCUCCCACAGCGCCAGCGUGAAGCUCUGGAAGUGCAGUGAGGGAUUUCGGAAGCUGGAGCCCCUCUGGGACAUCCCCUUGGUGGGUUUUGUCAACAGCCUCAAGUUCUCGGCAGCUGGCGACUUCCUGGUGGCCGGCCUCGGGCAGGAGCACCGGCCCGCCCGAUGGUGGAGAGUCAAAGAAGCCAAAAACAGCAUCUGCAUCAUCCCCCUGAAGCGGAGGGCCGCAGCCCCCAGCCCCGAAGCCCCCGACAGCUCCUAGUCCCCUGGCUCCAGAGCCCCGGGAGCCGGGUCAUUAAACCCCUGUCCCUGGAGCUGCACCCCACGUCCUUCGUGCAACCACCCUCCUGUGGCCGGCAGGACGUGAGCGGGGGGUGUCGCCUGGCCCCCUGACCCUGCUGGCCUC